ACGGUUUUCGUCAAUCAAGACCACGAAAAAGAUCGUUUCAAGGAAAUCAGUUUACUGCCGAAACGGAAACUGCAUCAACGAUGCUUUGACUCAAAUGCUAAUUUGUAAAGAUUGCAAGAAAAAUGUAACUUUUGGUGAAACGGGAAGUCGCGGAUUAGGAUUCAAAAUAGCUGUUACUUGCUCAUGUGGUGUUCGGAAGAUCGAUUCAGGCCCUUUUAUUAACAGUGCCUUCGAAAUUAAUAGAAAAAUAAUAUUUGUCAUGAGAUUGUUGGGAGUCUGCAAAGAAGGCAUAAAUUUGUUCUGUGGUCUCAUGGAUAUGUGCCAAAAUUUCCAUCGUGAAGUAUAUUAUGCCGCUGUAGAAAACAUUUAUACUGCAUCCAAAGGUGUCUUCCAUACAUUGUGCCAUAAAGCCGUCAAAGAAGAAAUGGAAGUAAACAUGCAAAAAGGAAAGCCAUCGCAAAAUUUGAUCGUUUUCGACGAUGGAACAUGGAAAAAGCGUGGUUUUUCAUCUUUAUUUGGUGUAACAACGCUCAUAGGACAAAACACUGGAAAGAUAAUUGAUCUCGUCGUAAAAAGCAGCCAUUGCCAAUCUUGUAUUUUUUGGAAGAACAAAAAGGGCACUGUAGAAUAUUCCGAGUGGUUUGAAGAUCACAAAGAAACGUGCUCCAUCAACCAUUCUGGAUCUUCCGGAAAAAUGGAAGUGGAUUCAAUGAAAUAGAUGUUUUCCAGAUUUGAAGAACAGUUUGGCGUGAGAUACUGCAAUUAUAUCAGCGAUGGCGACUCUAAAACUUUUAAAGCUCUUAUGGAUUUACAACCCUACGGCGAGGAUAUAACAUUGAAGAAACAUGAAUGUGUUGGGCACGUCGAAUAAAAAAUGGGCACUUGCUUAAGAAAUAUAAAGAAAGCGGCGAAGCUCGGAGGAAAAGGAAAGCGACGGACACACUAAUAAAAAAAUUGACAAAAUAUUACGGAUUAGCAAAAAGAGGACAUCCGGAUUCGGUUGAAGAGAUGAAAAAGGCCAUCAUGGCUACUUGUUAUCACUUAUGCUCAACCGAUGAAAAACCACAACACGAAUACUGUCCAAUGGGGUGUGAAAGUUGGUGCAAAUGGCGAGUAGCAGAAGCGACUGGGAAACUAGAUGAAUUUGAACACCCACCUGCUUUUCACAAGGAUGUUCCAAAGCAAUUGUUGCCGAUUUAUCAAGAUUUGUCCAAGGAUGAUCUAUUGGAAAGAUGCUUAGGCGGAUAUACGCAGAAUUCAAACGAAAGUUUCAAUGCAAGUCUGUGGCGUCUGGCGCCAAAACAUCUUCACUGCGGCGCCAAAACAAUUGAAAUUUCUGUAUAUUUUGCUACUGCGAUCUUCAAUGAAGAGUACUACCCUAUUUUAAAAAUAAUGGAAACAAUGAGCAUUGUGAUCGGACAACAGACCAAGGGAUUCGUCGAUUCACAGAAUGACAAACGACUGCAGAGAGCAGAAAUUCGUACUUGAGAGAACACGAAAGAAGCUCAAACAGCCAACAGAAUGCAGAAAACUGCCCAACAGGAGUUAUACGAAGAAGAGGAAGGCAUAUUGUAUGGGCCCGGAAUAGCGGAUUGAACAUUAUUUCAUUAUAACUCAGCUCGUUGCUACAUUGUACGCAGCUAACCGUUGCGCUACCAACAUUGCGCUUCAAAAUUGUCCGUCA